AUGGAUGAAGCUCUGAGGAACGCUGCUGCAAUCGGUGACCAACGUCAGAAGAUCGAACAGUAUAAGCUCAUCCUCACCUCCGUUUUUGACUCCAACGAUCUUCUCCAAGCCAAAAAGUUCAUCGAUCACAUUCUAUCCGAUGAUGUCCCGUUGGUGGUUUCGAGGCAGCUUUUGCAAGCUUUCGCUCUGGAGCUAGGGAGGUUAGAGCCAGAAACGCAGAAGGAGAUUGCGCAAUUUACACUCACCCAGAUUCAGCCGAGAGUUGUUUCCUUCGAAGAACAGGCCCUUGUUAUUAGAGAGAAACUUGCGGGUUUGUAUGAAUCAGAGCAGGAAUGGUCAAAAGCUGCUCAGAUGUUGAGUGGCAUUGAUCUGGACUCUGGAUCGAGGGCCGGUGAAGAAAACUUCAAGCUCUCAAAGUGUAUCCAAAUUGCCCGUUUGUACCUCGAGGAUGAUGAUGCCGUGAAUGCAGAGGCUUUCAUAAAUAAAGCUUCUUUCUUAGUGAGCAGUUGUAAGAACGAAGUAUUGAAUUUGCAGUACAAGGUCUGCUAUGCUAGAAUUCUGGACAUGAAAAGAAAGUUCUUAGAGGCUGCACUUCGGUAUUACGGCAUAUCUCAGAUUGAACAACGCCAAAUUGGGGAUGAAGAAAUUGACGAGAAUGCAUUAGAGCAAGCCCUAUCUGCUGCUGUCACAUGUACCAUAUUAGCUGGAGCCGGUCCUCAGCGUUCUCGUGUUCUUGCAACUUUGUACAAAGAUGAGCGUUGCUCCAAGCUCAAGAUUUAUCCCAUCCUACAGAAGGUGUAUCUGGAAAGGAUCUUAAGGAAACCAGAGAUUGAUGCGUUUGCUGAAGAACUAAGGCCACAUCAGAAAGCAUCUCUGCCUGACAAAUCCACUGUUCUUGACCGUGCCAUGAUUGAGCAUAACCUUCUAAGUGCAAGCAAACUCUACACAAACAUCAGGUUUGAUGAAUUGGGAACUCUGCUGGGGAUUGAUCCAAGAAAGGCGGAGAAGAUCGCAUCUAACAUGAUUGGCCAAGACAGAAUGAGAGGCUCCAUAGACCAGGAGGAGGCUGUGAUUCAUUUUGAAGAUGACAUUGAGGAACUACAACAGUGGGAUCAACAGAUAUCCGGAUUAUGCCAAGCUCUCAACGAUAUUCUCGACGGCAUGGCGAAGAAAGGCUUGCCUGUUCCUGUCUGA